AUGGACACCCUCCACACCGCCCUGCGCGACCUCCCCCCGCUCUACAAAUCGUCAGCCACCCUUCUCGCCCUCGCCUUGGCCACCUACCUAUGGCUCUUCCCCAUUGCCAACGCACGCAUCCACUUCGGCGACUUGCCAAACCCCGGCCCGGGGCCCUGGCUCCUGGGCCACGCACUUGCCAAUUUCCACCCACCUUCCCCCAACGCUGCCCACAUCGACCUCCAUAAGACUAACGGCCACACCAUCAAAUACAGAACCCAGCUCGGUAGCUUUGAAGUCUCCACCAUCAACCCCACUGCCAUCCUACAUUGUCAACAACCCCGCGUGCGAAAUGAACAAGAUGUCGUUCAACGACGAAUUCAGAUAUUUAACCAAGGUCGAUGA